AUGACCGACUUAUUAGCUCAUGUAGUGGAGCAUCAGGGUCAAAACCCUAAUCCCCAACCCAAAAACCCUGGGAACCCUGGUAGUUUUGUAGAAAGCGAGGAUAGCGCCAUCGAAAGGUUUCAGAAAUUUUCCCCACCAAAUUUUAAUGGAGGGCCAGAUCCGGAUGUGACCGAAAGAUGGUUGGAAAAGAUGGUGGGCAUUUUUGCUGCCCUGCACUACACUGAAGGGAGGCAGAAGGACUUGGCUGUGGCCCAAAUUAAUGCUUUUAUUGAAGCCGUGGAGAAGGUUCAACGAGUGGAAAGUGCCCGACUACAAGUGAGGAACUUCCAAGAUAAGAAGCGAGGCUUUCCUGGUAGUAGUUCAGGGCAGGGGAAUAAAAGUACCCCUCCCAAGUUUGGAAGGGGAAUCGGAGGUGGAAGGCAGCCAGGAAUGUGGAGAGGGGCCCCGCCAAGAGGCGGUGAAUUUGGACGAGGCCAAAGGGGAAGUUCUCAAGGAGGUUUGGUUUCUGCAUCUCGCGGUCCCUGCGGGUAUUGUGGAAAGCCAAACCACACGGAGGACAAUUGUUGGAGGAAGGAAAGAAAGUGUUUGCGUUGUGGGAGUGCAGACCACCAAAUAGCCAAUUGCCCAGUUUUGCCACGAGACGGAAAGGGAGGCCAGCAACCGAUGAGAACCAAUUCUGGACCAGCUAAGGUGGAAGGGACCAAGCCUAAAGUGUUGGCUCGAGUGUACUCGCUAGAGCCACAACAGGUCCCUGACUCUUCUGAUGUCGUAGAAGGUACGAUCCUUGUAUUCCACCGAUUUGCGAAAGUUUUAGUAGAUCCAGGUGCCACUCAUUCAUUUGUCAACCCCGAUUUCAUGUGUGGAAUUGAUAUACAACCAUAA